GCUCCUGCACCGCUGGCCUCUUCACAACAUCGCGAAGGGCAAUUGUGCUGUCACUCCUGCCAUCUCCGUGCGAUCUGUUUAUACUCUCAACCGCCUCUCGAACAUCUCGUCUCUCCUCCUCCUCAACACCGCAUAUCCCUCGGCCUCACCAUCAUUACUACCGCUUCAACGCAGCAAUUUCAUUGCACUCGUAGCUUUUAUUUUGCAAGCCAGUCCGCCGCACCAACUCAAUUUACCGCCGUUCAAUUUCUCUCAGCUAUGGCCGCAACGAAGCGACCGGCCUCGCAGGCUAUUUACCUCCUUCCAUUGACCGAUAGUGGAGCUCCAGCCGUCCCCGGAACCUACGUCUACCUGCCCCCGCCCUGCGAGCCUGCCUAUAUAGUCCGCUUUCAAAUCGAGGGUUGCAGCUCAGUAUGCCGCCAUGGCAGUCUGUGGGUCAACAUCCCAGUCAAGGGGGAGAAGUUCAGGCGUAGCUAUUACCGCGAAUACAAGCUAAAGCCAGAUUUCAAUGGCACUACAGAGAUUGACAUUCCCAUACAUGAGGCCAAUGCCUACUCCUUUUACACAACCUACACGCCACUGCCACAAUGGUCCUUUACUGACGUCGCUUCGCCGGAGCCUACACGGACGCCCACGUACUACAUUGAUGUUUGCCCGAAACUCACUCUUCAGGGCCAGCAGAUGCCCAUCGAUUCAAUCGCUGUUUUCUCUAUUCUUUCCAAGUUCAUGGGCAGCUACCCCACUGAUUGGGACAAUCACCUGCGCGGAAUCAGUCAGAGGGGGUACAACAUGGUCCACUUCACACCCUUGAUGACCCGCGGCGACUCCAAUUCACCAUACAGUAUUUUUGACCAGCUUCAGUUUGACCAGGGCUCUUUCCCGAAUGGCGAGAAGGACGUGGCUCGGAUGGUCAAGAAGAUGCAGCAGGAGCUUAACAUGUUGGCCAUGACCGACGUUGUGUGGAACCAUACUGCAAACAACAGCAAGUGGCUUGAGGUCCAUCCGGAGGCUGGGUACAAUGUUGAUACAGCGCCGUGGCUAAGGCCUGCUCUCGACCUAGAUACUGCACUCAUGAAAUAUAGCAAAGACCUAAGGGUUCUCGGGAUGCCGACCAAGAUCGGCAGCAUCGACGACCUCCUCAAAAUUAUGGAUGGAGUCAAGCAACGCGUUCUUGGUGGCUGCAAGUUAUGGGAAUACUACGUCCUAGAUGUCGAGAGGGACACAGACGCCAUCGUCCAAGCCUGGUGCGCGGGAGAGGCCUCAUUCCCUGAGAAUGGGUUCGGCCAGGCCGGCAUCCGAGGCCUUGAUGAAGUGAAAGAGUGGGCUUUGAAGAGGAAGGCUGAUUGGCUAGUCGACUUCGCACUUCGAGGUGGGGAUAGGAUGGGUGAACGUUUCCGUCGCCGGAUGGAUCCCAACGUGGGUGCUGGACUGUUGAGCGCACUAUUCGGUCGAUUCGACAGCCGCACCAGCAGUACACCAGAUCAGCGAGCAGCGCAUGGCACCAUCUACCGAAUCCUGGAAGAAGUCAAUCUUCAGUUCUACCGUGAGUAUGAUGGUGAUGCGGCAGAGAUCAUGGAGCAGCUCUUCAAUCGCAUAAAAUAUUGCCGCCUGGAUGUUCAUGGCCCUAAGCUGGGGGAGAUCACUGUUGGUAGCCCAUUGAUUGAGCCCUACUUCACCCGACUCCCCCUUAACGAGACGACCAAGAAGCACAACCCAGAAGCGCUCGCGCUAGUCAACAACGGCUGGGUCUGGGCAGCUGACGCAAUGAGGGACAACGCAGGAUGGAAGUCCCGUGCCUACCUAAGGAGAGAAGUUAUUGUUUGGGGUGACUGUGUUAAGCUUCGAUAUGGAGAUGGCCCGGAAGAUAACCCUUUUCUCUGGGACCACAUGGCCAAAUACACACGCCUGAUGGCCAAGUACUUCCAGGGUUUCCGUAUUGACAACUGCCACUCUACUCCGAUUCACCUCGCAGAGUACAUGUUAGAUCAAGCGCGAUCUGUCAACCCCAACAUCUUUGUCUGUGCUGAGCUCUUCUCUGGUUCGGAAGAGAUGGACUUCAAGUUUGUCAUGCGCCUUGGCAUAUGCUGUCUCAUCCGAGAGUGUAUGCAAGCAUGGAGCACACAAGAGUUGAGUAGACUAGUUCAUCGCCAUGGUGGCGUACCUAUUGGAAGUUUCGAGACGGACGAAGUCUUGAAUGCCGAUCGGUCAAUAGAAGACAGUGCUGCCACCAAUGCAAAGUCACCCGCGAAACUUGAAGUAAUUCACAAGAUUAAGCGGAGCCCUGUCCAUGCCUUGUUCAUGGAUUGCACCCACGAUAACGAGACUCCGGCCCAGAAACGCGACGCUCGGGACACUCUCCCUAGUGCUGCUCUUGUUGCCAUGUGCGCCAGUGCUACCGGUAGCGUUAUGGGAUUUGAUGAAAUCUACCCUGAGCUCAUCGAGCUUGUACAUGAGAAGAGGCUUUACUCGUCUGUCAACUCAACUAGCGGACCUGUAAAGGCUCAAGCCGGCGAGGGGGGAAUUGGUGGCAUAAAGAAGAUACUGAACGGAAUUCACGUCGAAAUGGGCAAAAAGGAAUACACUGAGACUUAUAUUCAUCACGACAACGAGUAUAUCACUGUCCACCGAGUCCAUCCUCAAACCAGGCGAGGAUAUUUCCUGAUUGCCCAUACAGCUUUCCCCGGUUACGGCAACGGGAAUGGUGGAUUGGGCCCAACCAAGCUUCCUGGCACCAAGGCUAAGUUAAUCGGAAGCUGGAUGCUCGAAGUUGACAACAGCCCUGAGACAAGAGCUAUGGUCACUGAUGACAAGAAAUUGUUGCGCGGUCUCCCUAGCCAAACUAAGGAGUUGCGAGAUAUCGUGGUCGAGUCCAUGGAAGACUCUACUACUAUCAAUGUUCCCGAUAAGUUCCCCCCUGGAAGUAUCGCGCUCUUCGAGACCUGGGUACCCAGUGCAGAGCACAGCGAAGGACUUGAUAAGUAUGUUACAACGGGUGCCCGAACCGCUUUCAAGGAUCUUACCCUUUCCGAUCUCAACAUCAUCCUCUACAGAUGUGAUGGCGAGGAACGAGAUGAGUCAGAAAACAAGGAUGGCACAUAUAAUAUUCCAGGCCACGGUCAGCUGGUGUAUGCUGGAUUGCAGGGCUGGUGGAGUGUUGUGAGCGACAUUGUCAACGACAAUAAUCUCAGCCAUCCUCUUUGCAACCACCUCCGGGAAGGACAGUGGGCUCUGGACUACUGCGUGGGUAGACUGGAGCGUGUCUCUAAGAAGAGAAAGUACGCUCGUAUUCAGGCUCCGGCAAAAUGGUUGAAAGACCGAUUCGACGCAAUCCGUAAGAUCCCUAGCUAUCUUCUUCCGCGCUCCUUUGCCAUGGUCAUACAGACGGCAUACAAUGCUGCCGUCGAUCGAAACCUCGAGUUGAUGGCCGAGAAUGUUCGCAAUGGCCAGCAAUUCUUGAAGAGCCUGGCGCUUGUCAGCACCCAGGUCACUGGAUACAUGAACAGCGCCUCCCUUUGGCCUGACAAGAGCGUCCCAAGUAUGGCCGCUGGCCUUCCUCACUUUGCGUACGAUUGGGCUCGUUGUUGGGGUCGCGACAUUUGCAUCUCCGCUCGUGGUCUCUAUAUGGGUACAGGCCGUUACGCUGAUGCCAAAGAGCACAUACUUGCAUUUGCGAGUGUUCUCAAGCAUGGUAUGAUUCCCAACCUUUUGGGUGCAGGCAAGCUCCCACGGUACAACUCCCGAGAUUCAGUUUGGUGGUUCCUACAGAACAUCCAGGACUAUACGAAGAUUGUCCCCGAUGGCCUGGACAUUCUUCAAGAUAAGGUUAAACGUCGUUUCUUCCCGUAUGAUGAUAUCUGGUUUCCCCCAAAUGAUAAACGAGCAUAUUCCAAGUCCUCCACAAUUGAGGAUGUCAUUCAGGAGGCUCUCCAACGACAUGCCUCAGGUAUGGACUUCCGGGAAUACAACGCUGGCCCCGAUAUUGAUAGCCAGAUGAAGUCGGAAGGAUUCAAUCUGAAGAUCUGGACUGAUUGGGAGACUGGCAUCAUCUUCGGUGGAAACCAAUGGAACUGUGGCACGUGGAUGGACAAAAUGGGUGAGAGUGAGAAGGCCGGCAGCAAGGGCGUUCCUGGAACACCUCGAGAUGGUGCAGCGGUAGAGAUCACUGGCAUGCUGUACAGUUGCCUUCGGUGGGUUGCCCAGCUUCAUGAGGAUGGCGACUACAAGUACGAAGGAGUUACUCUCGAGGGUGGCAAGAAGGUCAUUUCCUUCAAGGCAUGGGCGGACAAGAUCCAGGCUAACUUCGAACGGUGCUACUAUGUCCCGCGGCGACCAGAUCAGGACGUCAACUAUGAUGUCAACACCAAGAUCGUUAACCGUCGAGGCAUCUACAAGGAUCUUUACCGAUCUGGGAAGGAGUAUGAAGACUACCAGCUCCGACCAAACUUUCCUGUUGCCAUGGUUGUAGCACCCGACUUGUUCGAUCCGGAACAUGCCCUCUACGCCCUGCAAAUGGCAGACAGGAUCCUGCUUGGACCCCAAGGCAUGAAGACUCUUGACCCGUCGGAUUACAACUAUCGUCCAUACUACAUCAACAGUGAGGAUUCGACCGACUUCCACACAUCGAAGGGUAGAAAUUACCACCAGGGUCCGGAGUGGUUGUGGCCCACUGGAUUCUUCCUCCGUGCUCUACUUAAGUUUGACCUGAAGAGGCGCAAGACGCCUGAGGAAAGGGUCGAGAGCUACCAGCAAGUCACCCGACGAUUGGCAGGAUGCAUGAAAGCUAUUCAAGAGAGUGCAUGGGCAGGUUUGACAGAACUCACCCAAAAGGAUGGUGCCUUCUGCGGCGAUUCGUGCCCAACACAAUCGUGGUCGGCUGGAUGCAUCAUCGAUUUGUUCCAAGACGCUCGGGAGUAUGAGCUGGAAGAGUCUGAGUAGGUAUUGUUUGGGAUCGUGAUGCUAGGUUGUGUUUGUGAUUCUUGUGCAUAGCUUUCCCGCACGGUGGUUUGCGGUGGACUGGCUUGUCUGGGCGAAUUCCCUAAGUAGAUACCUAUCUAAG